GUGUGUGCGUGUGUUUGCGUCUCUCUCCAAGGUGCUGAAUUGAUUUUUGUGUUCUUUCGUUUGCCAUGUCCUCCUCUCAGAUGAAAUGAAGCAUGAUGAUACCCAGCAGCUCCGGUAUCGUUUUUAUGGCUAUUUUUCAGCCUUUGUGGCCUGCAUUUAUGGUCACCGCACAGGGGUUCUGACCAACAUGACGGUGGAUGAGGUAAACGCUGCCAAGAACGCCCGACAGUCCUCCACCUCUGGUUUUGUCCUCUCUGUCAGCGAGCACAAAACAAACCGAGACUUCGGGGCGGCCCAGAUCUACUUUGAGCCAGAAGAGUUUAACUGGCUCGAAACCUGGCUGGAGAUCCGGGAGAAAUGUGACCCCCCAAACAAUCUGGUUUUUUUCACGGCGGGCAAAGGUCCCGCCAAAAACAUGGUUCGAUAUAUGCAGGGGGCCUGGGCGGAGAUGGGCUUACCGGGAAGACCCAGCUUCAUUGACAUACGCACUGCCGUGUCCGCACACGCAAAGAAUGUCCACGCUGCAAAGGUGCGGUCGAGGAUGGCUACUUUCAUGUGCCAUAACACCUCCACCGCCGACAAGUUCUAUGCUUUGAACUUGGACACGCAGCAGUCAUAUGAGAUGCGACGCCUUUUCGAGGGUGUCACAUCUUCCUCCACCACCACUGCAUCCCCCUCUGCAGCCGCCACCACCUCUGCAGCCGCUUCCACCUCCGCAGCCUCCUCCAGCUCCACGCCCCGCUCCAGGAAGAGGAAACGCACACCCCCUUCUGACAACAAGCAGGAACACGAGGAGGAGGAGGAGGAGGAGGAGGGAGCCCAUUCACAAGCGACUGAAAGUACACCCGAAAAACAUUGCAGUGCAUAUAAACAAUAUGCCAAAGUAAUGGUGAAACUCAGCCCACUGGGGGAAAAACUGAAGGCUGCCCAGAGGGCAACAACGCGAGCAAAGAGGGAAGCGCUCAGAGAACUAAAAAGGAGCAGCACACCAGAGAAGGAGCCCAAAAGCCCCACUGAAGAGGACUGACCCACACACAUGUACACACACAUGCACACACCCUCUGUUUUGUAAAUAGUUUGACUACCUCUUUAAAGUAUUUAAUAUUUUGGUAUUUUUUUAUGUUCAAAAGAGAAUUUAUAUUUUGCUGGAAAUGGUUGAAGUUUGAAGGUGUUUUUUAAAAGAUUUUUUAUAAAAGAUUACAUUUUUACUUCCUUAAUAACAAGAUUAAGAUAUAAGACAUUUAAGAUCUAUUUUGAUAACUUAUAUUUUGGAUUUGAUUGUUCAAAAACAUUGCUGUGUGGUUCUUC